AUGCCGAGACACAUCCUCCGGCGCAUCUUCAUGAGGGAUCAAGGGUCAGGCAUAACUCGCUCUCCCUCUGCGAGUCAAGCAGCGCCCAAGAAGGAGCAGGCCAAGAAACAGAACCUCAAGAAGUUCAGAAGAUCCGACCUGGAGGUGUCGGACAAAGUUGGGAAGGGAGCUUACGGGGGAGUGUGGCAAGCGACGAUCCUGGAGAGCGGAGAACGAGUCGUGGUGAAGGUGAUAUGGCCAGACGUCGAUCUUGACCCCGAGGACGCCAAGAAAUCGAGCCCGGGGCAGCACAGGAGGGACGCGUUCAAGCGGGAGAUAGAGAUGAUGAAGAGGGUAGGGAGCCAUCCCAACGUGAUCGGGAUCCUAGGAGCGACAGCAGACUCGACAGUGAUCGUCUUCGAAGAGGCGCUGGCAGAUCUGCACGUGGUGAUCAAACGGCAAAAGCGAUCGCUGAAGCUCUCGAUGAUCCUCAAGGGGACGGAAGACAUUCUGCGAGGCAUCGAGUACCUUCACAGCAUCAAAGUCGCCCAUCGCGACAUCAAGCCGGCUAACGUGCUGGUCUUCAAGGGCAUGACCCUCAAGAUCGGAGACUUCGGCCUGGCCCGCGAGUUCCAGGACGAGAACAUGGUGGUGAGAAACGAGGUCUCGACCCUCUGGUACCGUGCGCCCGAGCUGCUGAUGGGCUGCGCCUCCUACACUCCCAAGAUCGACGAGUGGUCGGCAGGCUGCAUCGUGCUGGAGAUGCUGAGCGGGCGCUGUGCACUGAUGGGGAGGGUGGAGGACGUUUGCGACUGCCCGCAGGCGACUCACUUCAACUUCAACCGCGAUCAGCUGAUCAAGACGUUCAGCCUCGUCGGGACGCCGACAGAUUCGAAGCUGUUGGCUAAGAUGAACUGCUCCUGCCACUUCCUCUCCUGGCCCUCCCAGCGCGCGAGCCUGCCGGAGCUGGUCGGCAGCCUGAUCAGCAAGGAGAGGAUCGAGAAGGACGACAGCCCGAACGUGUUGGAGCAGGAUGUCAAGGAGUCGAAGGCGAAAUGGAUGCAGUUGCUAGACUCGCUGCUGGUGGUGGACCCGGAAAAGAGGAAAAGUUCUAGUGAGGUACUGGAGCUCCCUAUCUUCUACCACCCGGAGCAGUCGCGCAGUGAGACGCCGAGCGGGAGGAAGGAGGAGGAGCACAAAAUCUUUCGAACUCAGUCCGUCCCCUCCUCUUCCUCCCCCAAGCCCUCCAUGUCCAAGAACCUCCUCCUCCAACCCCUGCGGAGAAUUUCCCUCGGCAUGGAGAAACUUCGAAACUCUGAUGGAGGACCGACGGGACAGCAGUGA